GACAUUCACAGCUACACUCUGGUAGCCCGCCUCAAAGCUGUGAUGACAUUGCCUAUUCCCGUCCUUAUUGUUGGAGCUGGUCCGGCUGGCUUGGUAUCUGCACUUGUUCUUGCCCAAAAUGGCAUUCAGGUUCGGAUUGUGGAUAAGGCUGUGAAGUAUUCGUCUAUUCAGUUCGGGCUGAAUCCGGUCGAGCAACCAAAUAGUGUCGGUACCGUAGAAAUCCGCCAGAGAUAAGAAGAUAGGACUUUAGUACACAAAUAAGAAAGAAUAAUGAAGUCAUUUUAGAAGUCGAUAGAAUAAACGGAAGUAAAGGAGAAGUCAUCUGAAGUCGAAGAGAAAGAUAAGUGAAGGGAGAUGGCGGUCGAUACCAAAAAAGGCAAAGGCUCGGAAAUGGAACCGAAUGACGAGAAGGUGAUGAUACAACACAAUCCCCUCGUUAACUCUUUUGCUCCUGCAAAAGCAUUUGCUGAGUAUGAGGACAUUGGUAACAUAUUCUACAAUGAUGUACAUAUCACAGAAAGGUCACAGAAAUGGAAAAAGAGAGUAUAGGAAUACAAUUACAGAGAAUUUCGGAAAUGGGAUGCACGGAUCAAAUCAGA